AUGGAGAGAAUGGAUGAUCUUCGGCACUGUCUAUUAGAAUUUCUUAUUCGGAGCCCCUUUCCAGACCCAGAAGAGAAAGAUAAUAUGGUCAAAAAUAUGCUUAGAGUUUUUUCCAUGUCUAAGUCUAAUCAUGAUUCCGGUUUUAAAAGGAUAUUCCUUCUUAAAAUCAUUCAAAAUGACCUUUCUUCUCCGACCAUCAACAUCUCCGAAAACAUUCUCAAAAUCCUCGAACAUCUUGAAGAACUCUUUCUUUGCGAUGCCUUUCCGGUUCCUGCCACCUUGAGUGCCGCCUACUGCGCCGUGGCGGUGGAAUGCACAAUCAGGUAUCUGCAUCUGAAUCUUCACCACGAUCUUCUCUACCUCCGCGCAGUGAAGAGGAUAUGGCAAGUUAGGAUUCCGCAUCAGAAUAGUUCCGGUUCCAGAGAAGGGAGUCUUCCAUUCUCGGUGGAGUUGGAGCAAUGGAAAAAGGACAUCGAAACUUCCCUUUCGGAUUCACAAAUGAGGAAGCGAUUGGCUUCCAUAGAUACUAGAGGGGAUGCCAUUAUCAAGCUCAGGGCGUUUUUCGACGAAGCCUGUACCGUUUUGGGUUCUCCUUUUGCUCAGUUAACAGUUACAGAACACACAAAUAAGGCCCAAGAAAACGAAGAAAGAGGGGAUUGCAUUUAUGGGAAGAUGCAAGCCUUGGCUAAGGAUUCUUUAACAACAACUAUGGAAGAUAACGAGGAGACAUAUUUAUCCUGCUCCACGGAUAUAAGUGAUGAUGAGGUGGCUCAAGUGAAAAAUGCAGCACGUGUUGAUGAGGAGGAUUCAGAAGAUAAUCUGCAAGGUGGAACAUCAAGAUUUAAUUUACGUAGUCCCAAUAAGAAAAAACAUUCUCCAUUGAAAAUCUAUAAAUCAAACGCCUUUACAAAAAGAAGAAAAACAAAAAGGUGGAGUCACUUAGAAGAAGAGACACUUAAGAAUGGUGUAGAGAAGUUUGGCAGGGGAAAUUGGAAGCUAAUCCUAAAUGCUCACAAGGAUAUAUUUGAAGAGAGAACCGAAGUUAAUUUGAAGGACAAAUGGAGAAAUAUAACACGCUAUGGAGCAAAUAAAUCAUAG